AUGCCGUCCGUCAAGAACCCCAACGGUCCCUCCAAAAACCGCCUCAACGCUCGCCGAGCCUCCGCCCGCAAGAGGACCCAGAAAGCAGCCACUACUCCCGCCGACAGAAUCGAGAAGGCCGACAGGACCCGCGGUGCUGGCGGUGGCCUACUCCCGACCAGUGGUCCUCGCCGUGCGCUUAGUGCCAAGAAGCAGAGGAAGGUGGAUCGCAAGCUCAACUACGCGAUAAAGAGGAAGCAAGAGGCCGAGGGAGAGGUCGAGAUGAAGGAUGCUGCCGAGGGCCAGUCCGAGAAGAAGGCCGCUGCCGGUGACGUCGAUAUGGACGACGAGAACAUUGCUUGA